AUGAGCAUCACAGAAGUAGUCACUCAAACAGACAUUGGAAUAUUCAGUAAUAGUAUACCAAGUGUAUUCACAAACAGUGCAAUAAUUGGUGUAGCAGCAGCCAGUCUUGGUGUAGUGUUUAAUGUCGCUAUGUUAUGGCUGGAUAUACUCCAGAAGGGGAAUAACCCGAAUAUUUCAUCAGUUAAUGAAGCAGUCCGCAAUUUUUAUAAAAAUUUAAAUUUGUCUUCAAUUGACUUGGUAAGAAAUAAUUCACUCAUGAAAAAUGUAGAAAUUGGGACUAUUUUUAUUUUAUUUUUUACAGUGCUACAUUUACUUAUUACACAUUGUGUAAUAAAUACUGUACUCCUAUCAGGAGAAGCAGUAAAUAGUGCAGUAAGUACAGUAGGACUAGAGAAAGCCUUUAAUUACCCAAAUGAGUCAAUCCCACACGGAUUUAUAAGAGAAGAUUCACUUGGUCAUAAUAAUCAGUAUAAUGUAUCAAUUAAGCCCACAGGAGCACUUAAAAGCAUCUUUUCAUACGGGAGGUAUGAAAUAUUCAUGGCUGGGUUAAGGUCCUGCUGCUUAAUCACAUUCGGGUUUAUUUCUGUAUGGCUGGGUUCUGUUGUAGUAGGGUAUAUACUACCAGAUAUUACGCAUAGUAUGAUAAGUCCUGUACUUACAGGUAUAAAAUCAUGGGUAUUAUUAGGGUUGACCGGGUUACAGGUAAAUCAAAAAUUUUCAUUAAUUAAUUCAGUUAUUUAUGGAUUUAUGGAUUGGAUGACCGUUAUUUUUUUAUUUUUAAAGUAUUUUUUACUGAUAUAAAAAUUUUAAUUAAUGUAAUAUUAUCAUUAAUUACUGCACUCUGUGUGAUUCCUACGUUUUAUUCCCUUAUCAGGGUACGGCGCAUUAAAGCCAUAAGGAAAUCAUCAGAGUCCAUUAUUUAUACAGCUAAAGUACUAUUAUCUGUUGUACUUGGUAUAUGUACAUUACUUAUUAUGCUAUACCCUAUAAGAAUUGUUAUACUUAUGUAUCCCAGUGUACAGGAUAUAUUAAAGUAUCCAUUAAGUAUUAUUCUGUAUACGGUGGAUAUCGUAUUAGACAGGAUGGGUGUAAUAAGUGAAUGUAUACAGCCAGUACAGGAAGUAAAUAUAAGUGAGCUAAUAGCAUAAAGUAAUACUUAUUACACAUAGUAUAAUAAGUAAUAAAAUAAAAAUAAAAAUUAAUAUAUGUG